AUGAGAAACUUCAUGGGUUCUGGUUUUUUAUUAUUAUUGCUUGUUAUAGUAUUGAGCGCAAACCCAGUGCAUGUGCAUGGUGACCUUGAUUGCCCCAAAGAGAUAGUAAAAUUGAGGCCCUGCUUUUCCUACUUGGAUAACACUGGUGAUCUGAAUGCUCAGUGCUGUAUGGCUGCAAGUUUUGUGUUGAAGGACGCCCCAACUCCACAAACUGAACAGCAGCUUUGUGAUUGCUUCAGGGGCUUGGCAGUACAGCAUGUGAUUAGCCCUGCAAGGAUUGAUCUUUUAGGCCAGAUUUGCCUCUUGAUUUCUCUUCCAACUUCUCAUGAUGUUUAUAGAAGUGUUUGUUAUAAUUAUCUGCAGAAUUCCAUAGAGGAAGAAUUUUCUGGAGGUGCAAUGGAAAGGUCAAGGAUAAUGUUGCGCUUUGCUGAUUUGAUUGAAAAGCAUAAUGAUGAACUCACUGCACUUAAGACUAGGGACAAUGGAAAACCAUAUGAGCAGGCUACUAAGGCGAAAUAG